GAGUUAUCAGAGUUCUAGCACAGACGGGGAUGUGCAAUGGGUGCCUUUCUUGGCCGAUGUCUGCACAUAGACCGAGUCAAGCCGCCAGUGUUUGACAUUCCCAAAACAAGUAAUCUUGAGGCGCGAUCUGCUCCUGCAACUUGCAAGGUCAGCCUUCAAUUGGAUCGGCCCAUGCUGCAUGGGGCAGCACUGACAGAUUGCACGGAGAAAUGCAAUGCAAUUUGCUGUUACCGCAGUUCCAUACAACUCUUGAACACUUAUGGCACGUUGUUGCGCAAGCGGGGUUAGUUCCAUGGGGGGUUUUUAUUUCCUGUGCCUGUUUCGUGCUCCAAGCUGCUGUCAACGCUUUGCUGUGUACCAACCCCUGCAAUCCCGGGGGUGACUAAACGUAACAACAUAACAUAGGGCCUGCCCCCCUGUACAUUACAUGUGUUUAUUGCCUCCCGCUUUUUCUGCAGCUUAGACUGAUUCUCUGCUGGGCACAACCAAUCCAAAGGCACAUGCAGCCCUUUCCAGCAUUGGGAGAUUGCUGCUGAAAUGCGCCUGCGGAUAUGCAGCUUGAUCGGAUUGCUGCCCCUUGUACAAAGUCAGUCUGGAUGGUUUGCUCGCAGUGCCGUAGCUGUCACUUGCUGAACAGGAAGGUUUGCAGCGCCAUAGAUUUUGAUUGGGAAUUUAUUGAUGCAGCAACAGCGUCCUGCAUGCAUCAAGAUUGAGCCCGCUUCUUACUAAGCCGGUAUAAAGAGCCUCUCCUGUUGGGGCUUCUUCGCAGACUCAUUGGGAGAAUGGCUGAAGCGGCCCUUUGUAGGAUCAAUAAUCUUACCAGAGCAGCUGGGUACUGCCAUGUAAAAAUCUGGCUCUCC